CCUACGUUUACGUGGAGGAUUGAACGAUUUAUGAUUACAAGUGACGAUAUUUUUAUAUUUGUGCGUUCAUAUGUAUUUAGAAUUUGAAAAUAGUGGUUUUAUCCUUUUAGUGAUAGCGAAUUCGAUAACGUUAAGUGCCUUAAGCUCUCCAAAACGUACAUGUUGUUGCCUCUGAAUGCCAUUGCAAAGAAAUGUAAGAAUAAAAUACAAAAGUAAGAAUAAUAUGUAAGUAGAAGGAAAGUUCAAGAGAAAAUGGAGAAAUUUUAAAAUUAAAUUAAUCCGUCUUUAUAUUCGUAAAAGUUCUGUUGUACAACUUGCCUCCACCUCCACUCGUGGCAGUUAGUCUUCUUGACUGGCCUGUCUGCUCGACAAAUUGGUGGCUGCAUGCUCGUGGUCUUUUGGUAGUCGCGUACUGAGUGGGUCCUCUUAUUCAGUGCUUCAGUUCGGGUAUAGUUUGUGUGAAUAUGGCAUCAAUUCAACCUACGCUUCCCUUCAACGCCACGCUGCUCUCAAGAAAACGGCCCCAUUCUCCCGAUUUUUCGGAUGAAGGAGCUAGGAGUGGUAUAGAUCAUUCAUGCGAGCGUAAUAAUUGUCAUUUUACGUUCGUAUUGGAUUCCGAAUCACCUCUACCGACUGAUGAAGACAGCGAAAGUGCAUAUAGCGUUCAACAGGCGGGGACCGGAAAUGCUGUAUACUGCUACUGCAGCAACUGUGUUAAUGGCUGCCCACCUCCGUGAAGAUAGAGACUUGUGGGCUGAUAGUUCUAGUUCAAACUUGGAUUCUUCAGACAGUGAAGUGCCUCUGGCAGAUUACUGGGAAUGUGUGCGAUGUAAGAGAAAAUGCACUCCUUUGACCAGAUAUUGCGUCAAGUGCUUCCAGUUGCGGAAGGGUUACUUUCCUGAACGUCCAAAGCGGACUCACCCGCGUCGGAGGAAGAGGGCUGCAUCUUCGCGACCAGGCACUGCUUUGGCAGACCCGCCACGGAACGUGGUAGAUUUGGAGCAAGCACAGUCCUCAGGAAGCCAGUCAGCUGAAGAGCAGCCUGUUGGCAAGCUCGAAAAGGGAGACAGUGGCAUAAGCUUGGGUGUGAGCGAUGAGCAACUUGCACCCGAGUGCGCUAGCUCUUCCCAAAGCUCUUCCCUAGUGCAGUUGAGGAGCCAGGACUCGGCCCCUCCAGAAGAUGCAGAUAGAGAGUCACUAUCCCCUAGAUCUGAGCUCUGUUUUAUGUGUGUCAAUAGACCAAAAGAUGGUGCUUUCAUUCACAGUAAGUCAGUGCACGUUUUGUGCUGUUACCAAUGUGCACUAAAAGUGUGGAAUGAAACUAAAAAGUGUCCAAUGUGUAACAACAGACCGCAUAAUGUCUUGAAGUUAGUUUUUGGUUAAAGAUGGGAUUAAUGUGUAACUGCAUUUGGCCUUGUAAUAAAAAAAAUCAAAAGCUAUUGUAUCAGUAAGAGAUCAUCCAUAAUGUAUUGUGCGAUUAUUUCCGAGAUUGAACUGAAAGCAAGUUAUCCCUUUAAAUUUCCCCAAGUCCUUUACUUACAUGUACAUUCAGCACAGGGUAUAUUAAUGGAGAUUGUGGAUAUAUAUUAU